UACAAUUAGAUCCAUUAAAUAGUUUAGCAUAUUAUCUCAGGUGUCUAAUUUAUUAUGCAAAAAGAGAUAUUGAUAAUGCUAUAAUGGUAUUUAAAAAGUGUAAAGAAUUAUUAGAUUUUAAUGAUACAUUAGCAAAAACUCAACUAUUUCAUCUGGAAUAUUUACUGAAUAAAAAUAAUUCUACAGAAUUAAAUAAUAUAUUGAUAAGAAUUAAUCAAAUUUCUAAUAUUAAAGAUAGCGAAUUACUAAUUUUAGUUAGAUGCAAAGUAUAUGUAGAAUUAAAAAUGUAUCAUGAAGCAAUGUUAGACUUGAACUUGUUAUAUGAUAAAAAUCUUUAUUAUUCUAGGAUUAUUUUAUAUAUUUCAUAUACUUAUUUAUUACGAGAAAUCACAGAUUUUUGGUUAUAUUUAAAUGUUAAUAAUAACAAUAAUGAUCUUUCCAAACUUGGAAUUGUUAAUGAAUUUAGUAAAUACAUGUAUGAAAGUAAGAUACGAGUUUAUUUUAUAUCAAAUAUGGUAAAUUUAAAUAGCAAACUUCAUCAACUUCAAGAAAAUGAUAUAAAUAGUUUAUCAGAAAAGAUAAUAAGUUCAAAAAAUGAAGAGCUUUAUUUGAAUUUGCCCAUGCUAUAUUUUAAUUAUAGUUAUAGAGUUAUUUGGAAAAUAAGUGUUAAAGAAGUACUAAAUAAAGAUAGCUUUAUAAAAUUUAUAAUUAAAAGCACUAAUUCUGAACAGUAUAAGGAUUUCGAACUAAAACAUUAUGAACAUGUGUUAAAAUAUGAAGAUAUGUUAAAACUUGAGGGAUUAGGUUGGAUUGAAUAUCAGCUUUCAGAAAAUGUAUAUUACAAAUAUGUACAACUUUCAAUUAAAAUAAAUGGUUCUAUUAAUAUGCAAAUAGAUUAUGUUCGAAAUGGGUAUAAACUGUAUAAUGAUGAAAAGAUAACUUAUUUUCCUAAUAUAGUAGGUGAUAUAUUACCAAAUUUUCAUGAAUGGUGUCCAAAUGUUCCAGAAACUUUUAAAGAUAAAUAUUUUUCAAGAAAAGAAAUGGAAAAUUUGCUUGAGCUGAAAGAUAUAAUUAAUUACCUAUGACUGUUUUUUUUUAAUUUUUUAAAUUAAUACUGUUUUAUUUUUUUCAUUUUCUUUCAUUUGUUAUAUUUUAAAAUUUGUAAAUUCAUUUUAUUUAUUAUAAAUAAACUGAUAAUUUAAAACUUUAGACAGCACUGAUCUUGACCAAACUUAAAAGGGUGAAAGAAUGAAAAA